AUGGGGGAAAAGUAUGUCGAAUGGAGGGAUGCCUUGACAGGCGUUCACCCUUUCAUUCCCCUUCCUGACAAAUACCCCCCUACCCUUCUUAAUCGGCUGCAUCGGCUGAUUCUAGUACCCCUGCUCGCCAUCUUCCGAACGCCCCUAAUCGUCCUCUUUCUGGCACUGCUUGUAACCGCCGAUUACCUGGCUCGAAAGAUUGCGUCUGGACCUUUGAAACGAGCGACUUUGAGAGCUACUCACUUCCUACUAGCAGGCCUUGUUCUCUGGCUGUUUGGAUUCGCUGUGCACAAAAACACGCACCUCUACAAGAAACAAGCGCCUAGCAUCAAGUCCGGUCACUUCAUUCUUUGCAACCAUGUAUCCUACAUCGAAGUUUUAUAUAUGGCAUAUGCUUAUUCUCCUCAAUUCACCUCCGUUACGGAUUCUGGUUUAUUGAUUCCUGUCAACCUGUACCAGGCACUUUUCGAGAUCUUCUGGAACAGGCCAGUGCGUUCCAGAGAGACCUUCAAGCUAUCAGAAUUGGUCAGGCGGGCUAAGAAAAACAACGAUGGUCCCGUUCUCGUCUUCCCAGAGGGAACCACGACCAAUGGAAGAAUUACAAUUAGCGCGCUGCCGGUCGUGGACAUUGCGCCCAGCUACUACGGCACCGGCCAUGGCAUAGCUAUUCGGUACCCAAACAACGGAUUCUCUCCUAGCUUUUGUGCGGGUAACGUCUUCAAGCACACGUUUUUUCUAAGCGGACAGUUACGGAACACGAUGGAGUUGGUCUAUGUACCUCAAGACAAGGUAUCGAAUGAAUGUGCUAUGAGCGGAGCCUCAUGGCUGAAUGAAAUGUGGCAGCUGAUCUCUGAUGCGGCCUGCAUCAGUAGGGGUAAGAUCACCAGAGACAAAAAGCAGCUUUUUUUAAAGACAUACUCCAGACAUAUCUCGUAGAACACAAACGCCUUCUUUAGCCUAUCCAGACAGGUCGAAGCCCUUUAUUAUAGGCGAAUCUCCCUGUCAGGUGCAGAGAGGAGGUGUAGGUUGAAUGCGAGCUUUGAAGCUUAGAUUUCCGAAUGCAUGUAGGUUUUGUACAUGUACCAGAGAAAAUUUAAGU